AAGCGUCCGGACUGGAAGGGGGUGAAAGCGUCCGGACUGGAAGGGGGUGAAAGCGUCCGGACUGGAAGGGGGGGAAAGCGUCCAGACUGGAAGGGGGUGAAAGUGUCCGGACUGGAAGGGGGUGAAAGCGUCCGGACUGGAAGGGGGUGAAAGCGUCCGGACUGGAAGGG